GCAGGAUCGGCUGUGGCGAAGCGCCGGUACCGGGAGAGCCCCACGUGGCAGCGGGCGGGCGGGCUGAGGGAGCGCGGCGGCGCCGUUCAAGCCGGGGCCGCCGACCGCCGCCAUGCCGAUCGUAGAGAAGCUGAGGGAGGCGCUGAAGCCGGGCCGGCCGGAGACGGGAGAGGCUGGGGAGCUGGGCCGGUUGCUGGCUGCCUCCGCCAAGAAGGUGCUGCUGCAGAAGAUCGAGUUCGAGCCCGCCAGCCACGGCUUCUCCUGUGAGCUCCAACAGCUCCGUGGCAAGUAUGUGCUGCUCAACCCCCGGUCCGAGGCUGCCGGCCACCAUCGUGUCCCCGUGGAGGAGCCACCUGGUAGUGACCAUGCUGCGAGAGGACGGGGGGAUGGGGUCCCUGCUCCCCAGAAGGUGCUUUUCCCCGUGGAGCGUCUCUCAAUGAAGUGGGAGCGGAUCUACCGGGUCGGUGCUGGCUUGCACAACCUGGGGAACACCUGCUUCCUCAACUCCACGGUGCAGUGCCUCACCUACACACCACCACUUGCCAACUACCUGCUGUCCAAGGAGCACAGCCGCAGCUGUCACCAUGGAGGCUUUUGCAUGAUGUGUAUUAUGCAGAACCACACGAUCCAGGCUUUUGCCAACAGCGGAAAUGCGAUAAAGCCUUUGUCCUUCAUCCGAGACCUCAAGAAGAUUGCCCACAACAUCCACUUUGGGAGGCAGGAGGAUGCUCAUGAGUUUCUGCGUUACACCAUCGAUGCCAUGCAGAAGGCCUGCUUGAAUGGCUGUACCAGGUUGGAUCGCCAGACCCAGGCCACAACGCUGGUUCACCAGAUCUUUGGAGGUUACCUGCGGUCCCGUGUGAAGUGCUCAGUGUGCAAGAAUGUCUCGGACACCUACGACCCUUACCUGGACCUGGCACUGGAGAUUGGGCAAGCUGCAAACAUAGUGCGGGCGCUGGAGCUGUUCGUGAGGCCAGACCUGCUGGGUGGGGAGAAUGCCUACAUGUGUGCCAAAUGCAAGAAGAAAGUGCCAGCCAGUAAACGCUUCACCAUCCACCGAGCCUCCAAUGUGCUCACGCUCUCGCUGAAGCGCUUUGCUGACUUUGGGAGGCGCAAAAUAACAAAGGACGUGGGGUACCCUGAGUUACUGAAUAUCCGCCCUUACAUGUCUCAGAAGAACGGAGAUCCCAUCAUGUAUGGGCUCUAUGCGGUGCUGGUGCACUCGGGGUUCAGCUGCCACGCAGGGCACUACUACUGCUACGUGAAGGCCAGCAAUGGGCAGUGGUAUCAAAUGAAUGAUGACCUGGUCCGUUCCAGCAACAUCAAAGUGGUCCUCAACCAGCAGGCCUAUGUGCUAUUCUACCUGAGAAUCCCCAGCCCCAGGAAGAGCUCGGAAGGGGUCAUUGCCAAGGCUGCCUCCAGCCUGCCUGCUCGCACUGUCAGCUUCUCCAAUGAGGUCAAGAAAACUGUGACCAAUGGGUCUUCACCACUGGUGGACCGGAGAUCAGACACAUUGCCGGGGAAGAAGCUGCCAGGGCCAGAGGAGGUCGGAAUCCCUGUGGCCCGUAGCACGUCUGGGACAGGGCUGAAGCUUCUCAAUGGAACUGCUCCACCGAAGCUGUCAGCUGGCUCCCUGUCACCCAAAGUGCCCCUCAGAGCCACCUGCACAGCCACAGUGUUGCCUGAUGACACAGCCCAGAGACUCAAGAAGUCGUUCUCCUUCCUGCAGCGGCCUCCCACUCCCAGAGCAGCUCAGGGUUUCUGUGACAUCAGCAAUACAACUGGGGUUAAAGCAGAGCUGCCCCGGCAGAGCUCCUGGGAGAGCAAGCAGUCACCUACCUCAUCCAAGCUGCUGCUGAGCAAUGGGGAGAACACUGGGAUCCUGGAGAGGGACUCCAGCGGCAGCAGCACUGCCAGCCCAGCACACAGUGUCGGGGGGAAGCUGGCCAAAGCCUCCCAAAAGGCCAAGAAUGGAACCAGCAGCUUCUGCACCUCUCAGGAAACAGAUUGUGGCACAGACCUCCCUACUGGCCCCAGUGACGAGCUGGCUGCCCCCAAAGACUCCAAGCUGGUGAAAUUGAAAACCUCCCUGUUGGGCAGCGCUGCUCUGGAGAUGAGCAACAUCAUGUCUCCCCCACCAGCCAAGAGACUGGUGCUCUCUGCCAAAAAGGGCAGCAGCCUGGGGAAGGCGAGCGGAAGUGACCGCCAGGCACAACCUCACCCACAAUUUGCUGAGCACACCACCCACCCUGACUCUGCUGCCCAGCCUUUCAGCAGAGCGAGGCUGUCUUCAUCUGCUCUCAAACUCCCGAAUCCUGAAAAGCCUGCCUUCAGCUGCAUCCUCAACCCAACCCUUCAGCUUCCAGCCUCUUCCCUGGCCAAUGGUUCCACUGCCCACCCUUCACACCACCUUCCUUCCUGCAGCAGGGAGAAGGGGUCCAGCCACAUCACCCCUGGUUCCUCCAAAAAGAAGCGGCGAAAGCAGCAGCAUGGAGCAGAGGGCAGCUCUUCUGCUUCACCUGUGAAGGGCAAGGAUGAAAUCGCUAAACCCCCCAAGAAGAAGAAGAAACUCUCUCAGGAGGGUUCAGUGUCCCUCAUGGGGAAGGAGGUGGAAGGCAGGGGUGGCCAGGAGGGGCUGAGCUGUGAGGACAUGGAUAGCAGGCCUAAGCAGUACGUGUCAGACCCCAUGAAGCCCAUUUCCCAUCUCAAGAAGAAGAAGAAAAAGAGGAGAGUGAAGGAGACAGAAGAGUGCUGCUUUGAGACACUGUCCUCGGGCAGCUCUAGGGGAGUUGAGAUUGAGCUCUGGAAGACAAAGCAGCGGCCAAGUGUGGAGCCUGGGAGUGGGGAGAGCGAGCACCGCAAGCGGAGGGAAAGCCUUGGCAGUGCAGCCGUGGAGUGCCCGGCUGCCAACGGCACCUGUGCCUCAGACAGCACCCCAGUGGCAGCACACACCUGGGAUAGCCAGCACGGAGAUGGCCACAGGCACUGGCCAGCUACCCAGAGCCCUGAGCCUUGCCAUGGGGCUGGCACAGCACCUGGGAGUGUGGUGGAGGAGCUGCUGAGGAACUCCUUGGACAAGGCUUACGGCAAACAAGUUCUGACCUGGGAAGGUGAGAUCUCAGCUGUCAGCCAGGAUGCCAUUCAAGAUGCAACCUGGGCCCGCAGUGAGACCAUCAUCGACGAGUGGGACAAGGAGUUUGACAGAGGCAAGGUAAAGAAGGUGAAACUGAAGCGGGAGCGGAGGAGACAUUUCAAUCCCUUCCAGCAGUUGCAGAGCAAGCGCAACUUCUGGUCCAUGACACAUCCUGCCAAGGUGGCUGGCCUGAGCCACCGGCUCUGAGGUCAAGAUCUGCAUCCCCAGUCAGCGUCUGGAGCAGUCCCAGGUGAAGGACAGACAGGGGAGCAAUGGCUGGGAGAUAGUCGUGGACUUUGCCGUGCAGGGGACACCAAUCCCAUGUCUGUCCAGGACACUUUGCCUUCCUUUCACAGAGAUGCUGUCCCUGAGGGCCCUGGGGUCUUGAUGGCCUGGGGUUACAUUCCUGUGCUCCCCAGCCAACCUGCCUUGUCCAGGCUCCCCUGUACCUCUAGGCUGCAGUAGCCCCUUCUCCCACCCAGCCUCGAGUUUAAGGCUUGGUGGGGGGGACUUCUGGAAAGUGCCUGCAGAUCAUCCCCUCUACUCUGGGCCUAUGUGCCAAUCCCUGGCUCCACGUUGGGAGGGGGAUACCAGCCCCUGCUGCAGUGCUGGGAUCACCAGGGCUGGUGUCCCCUUCUCCUGGGUACAGCUUAGGGAUCUCUGUCUCUCGGACCCCACCUGCACCCUGUCCAGCUGCCCUCCCACCCCCACAAACUGCGAGUCGCAGUGACUCCAUUGCCCCCCCUCCGGGUAGGGCCCCGCUCCCGCCCGGCCCCGCGCUGGUCGCGGGAGGUGGUGGCGAGUCCCGCAGGGACGGGGCGAUGU